AUGCCGACGCGGGCAGUUCCAUCGGAGGAAGACUUGGACAAGCUGGUGUGCUUGCUGCUGUCAGCUUUCGUCUUCAUUGUCAUCUUGACAUUUUUUAAUGCGGGCAUGAUGCCGCUGGUCCACCGCCCGUUCCGAAUGGUGGAAAUCUUUUGUGGAGAUGGGAAGCUGGGAAAAUCCAUGUACUACGCCCAGAUUAGCACAGCUCAAAUGGAUGUCCGCAUGGGCCGCCGUCAUGGCAAAAGGGUAACUACUCGAGCCUUCGACCUUCUCACUGCAGAAGGAUUAGCGUCCUUUGGUGGCAAAUGCUGGAAACCAACUUGCAUCGCGCUCAAUUCUUUUGGCACUUCUUUGCUGGGCAUUGCAUGGCUGCUGGGCAAUAGAGCAGCCGCGCAAUUCGCGCCUCAAGGUUUACCCGCGCUGGGAGCAGUUCCUGCUGAUUUCAGCCAUGCGCAGUUGGUGGGCUGCGUGGUGGGCAAGACAUUAUUCUGCCCUCACGCCGAAACGGCAUAUCUGCUGGAGCAACACGUGGCAGAUCGGAAAGCUGGACCGUGGGAAGUUGCGAAAGGCGCAAAGGGAGUCUUGCGUUGUAAGAACAACGCACAAAGGUCUUAUCCUGUACCUUUUGGACUUCGCGUGCUGCGGUGCUUCCAAGAUUUCUGCCAGGAUGUGGCGCGCCCUCCGGUAGCAGAACCUGAAGAUGCCCCGCAGCUUUUCCAAGCCGCAGAAGUUGGUGACACGUGGCCUGAAGCUGAUCUCCUUUCGGUCUGCGUCUACUUGAGGGGGUCGAAGCACCUCCGCGUGUCGGAAAGGUGGAAAGCUGCCUUUCCAACCUCCAUGUGGGCUGAAUCUCCGAGUUUUUUGUUUCCCUAA